GCUAUCCUGGUUUUAUAUACAUCAUUGGAAUAAAUUAACCCGUCCCGGAUGCCGUACUAAACGCGGAAAGGGUGUGGCUUUGAAUUAUGUUAGCAAAGUUCGUUAGCUAAGCACAACGACUUGUAAACAUAAUCACAAAAACAUGUUCCCCCAAGAAAAAAUAGCUUCUGUAUCAAAGUAGAGGAUAGUGGCGGGGAUGUGGCUACGUUAUGGGAAACGUUUUCGGGAGAAAGAGUCGCCCUUCUCGAGUUACAGAACAAGACCGAGCGAUUCUGGUGAGUUGUUGUUGUUGCUAGCCUGUUUCAAUAGUAGGGACGCUAGCUAGCUUGCUAGCUCUAGUGGCUGGCUUGGAUUAACGUUAGCUAGCUGUCUGAUGUACACAGUAACUUGGUAAGACUUGGUAACAAUCCCUGCUAGCUAACGUUAGUUAGUUGUCAACACCCAGGAGCGAUCACGGGACAGUCGCUGCUGCUGCUGUUAAAACUGUGACAUGACCUCUCAAAGUGAUUAACAGUAGCCAGCUGUGAUCGCAUCAACAGUGUCGGAGCCUGCAAAUGACAGGGUAUGACAGGUAUUUAUAGUUAACUAGAUAGCUGGCUACAGUCCCUAGCUAGUUAGCUAACUAUUUUCUUGGCAGAAUGAUAUUGUAGGUAGCUAGCUAUCUACUUGGUAAACAAUGUCUGAUAAUGAUAGCCCUGUUCAGAACUGAGUCUAUUGAGACUGUCUGAUUGUCCCGUUGUGUAUGUUCAACUCUCCAGCAACUGAAACAGCAGAGAGAUAAACUGAAGCACUACCAGAAGCGAGUCACCCUGCAGCUGGAGAAGGAGAGGAAUCUUGCCAAGCAGCUGCUGAAGGAUGGAAAGAAAGAGUGAGACAGGAUACUUCACUUGUUCAGGCAUCAUCUAGCCUAGGCUAUAGCCAGGUCCCAGAUCUGUUUGUUCUGUUUUGAUGUAAUAGGGCGUUUCCAGGUGAAAUGAAGACCGGAGCGGUCGUUGAUCAAUUCAAUGGUUUAAUACACGUUGCAACAGGGAGACACCUCCAGCACAGAAGCAGAGCAUAAUGUCUAACGAGCCAUCUCUGAGCAGGCCCUUACAUCCAUUCCUAAUCACAUAUGUUCUGUAAACACAUGACAAAAGAAAUAAGACAAGGUAGUGACUCACACAGUCUACAGAUACAACAAUAAUAACCAGAAUGUCCUCAGAACUGGCACCUUUAGACUGGCUCCCACUAUCACAUAGAACUGGCACCUUUAGACUGGCUCCCACACUAUCAGCACAUAGAACUGUCACCUUUAGACUGGCUCCCACUAUCAGCACAUAGAACUGGCACCUUUAGACUGGCUCCCACACUAUCAGCACAUAGAACUGGCACCUUUAGUCUGGCUCCCACUAUCAGCACACAGAACUGGCACCUUUAGACUGGCUCCCACACUAUCAGCACAUAGAACUGGCACCUUUAGACUGGCUCCCACACUAUCAUCACAUAGAACUGGCCAUAACAUUCAAGUGUAGCCUUCAAGUCUAGUGACCGUCAACCUUGCACAAACAGAAUCCUGUGUAUUACAGAAUGGAAAAGUAGAAUACAUUGUGUUAACCACUUAACUGCAUAUUAACUUUAUUCAUAUUACAUUUCCCAUUACACUAGCAAACAGCUGGGACUACUAAACUAUAUCAAGUAUAGUCAAUAUCACCAUAAUCGGACGUUUAAAUUGUGUACUGACUGAACCUGAUCAAUGUAUGACUAGCUGCUUGAUGAUGAGCAAAAUAAACACUUGUUGUUAUGUUAGGACUUGGUUUAUUGUGCAGUGUGUUGUUCUUCCACUCCGUAGAAAGGCAUUGGUUCUUCUCAAGAAGAAGCGUUAUCAGGAUCAGCUGCUAGACAAGACUGAGAACCAGAUAUCAAACCUGGAACGCAUGGUGAGGCUGAGGCUCUUAUUGGGUCCUAUGGUUUCAUUGACUUGUAUGGAAUUUAACUACGUUGAUGUAAUGUUUUGCACAGCCAACCUGUCUUCAAAAAGGUAUGCUGGCUGGGUAUAUCUUGAUGUUCUGUAUAGUGAAUGCUAUCUUAACAUACUGAUAUGUUUUUACAGGUUCAGUGCUGGAUCCUCUAUAUCUUAGCAUGUACUGUAAAUGUUUUCACAGGUUCAAGACAUUGAGUUUGUCCAGAUCGAGAUGAAAGUCAUUGAGGGGCUGAAGGUUGGAAAUGACUGUCUGAAGAGUAUGCAUGAGGUAGGGUAUGGUUUGAUUUUUUGUCCACUAUUUUCUAUUCAUUCACAGUCAAACACACACACACACACACACACUCACACACGUGUAAGACAUUCAGCUCAGUGUCAUAAGUGUUAAUGAAUAAACCUUCCACUGGCAUGUAACCUCUUUUACGUGACCUGCACCCAAGAACAAAGACUGUGUGUGUUAGCUAGCGUCGCUGUGCACAUUGUUUGAAGAUUAAAGGAUUAGGUUACAAAUCCCAGACUACAGCGAGCCUAGUGGUGUCACUGCUGCUGCCGCAUAUCCUGGGUUACACUGUCUGUCUAUCCACAACCUGCUCAGAGAGUUAUUCUCUUUAAGAGAGAAAAUGUUUCAUCCCCAUCACACAUACAAACACACACACAGAGAGAAUAAGUAAACUGAGAGUUUCUGAUCCAAACUUGACAUUGUCCCUGUCUCCUCCUCUCAGGCCAUGUCACUAGAGGAUGUGGAGAGAAUCAUGGAUGAGACCCAGGAUGCUGUAGAGUACCAGAGGGUGAGUUUCUCUUUUCCCAUGGUCUCAUCAAUCAAUCAAAUUGAUAUACCCCUUUUUACAGUCCUAACUCUUAAUCCAUCCCAAGUACUGUCUUCAGUGUAGUGUGUGUUGCUGCCCAGCUAACAUGCUCUGCUCUGAUUGGUCCUACAGCAAAUAGAUGAGAUGCUGUCAGGCUCCCUGACUCAGGAGGAUGAGGAUGCUGUGUUAUCUGAACUGGAGGCUAUCACUCAGGUGUGUAUCAUACUGGGUUACAUCAGUUCCCUCUGGCUGUUAUCUGAACUGGUGUCCCAGGUCUGAAUCAUUUCCUGCUGAAAACCAGAAGUCUUCUGGCCCUCCAGGACUGGAGUUCCUAUCCCUGCUGUACAUGUUGGUAAUGAUGACCUGACCUGAUCAAAUGCUGUUUAACAUGUUGGUAAUGAUGACCUGACCUGAUCAAGUCCUGUUUAACCUGUAAGAUGACCUGACGUGAUCAAGUCCUGUUUAGCCUGUUGGUAAUGAUGACCUGACGUGAUCAAGUCCUGUUUAGCCAGUUGGUAAUGAUGACCUGACGUGAUCAAGUCCUGUUUAACCUAUUGGUAAUGAUGACCUGAUCAAGUCCUGUUUAACCUAUUGGUAACAAUGACCUGACCUGAUCAAGUCCUGUUUAACCAGUUGGCAAUGAUGACCUGAUCAGGUCCUGUUUAACCUGUUGGUAAUGAUGAACUGAUGUGAUCAAGUCAUGUUUAACCUGUUGGUAAUGAUGACUUGACCUGAUCAAGUCCUGUUUAACCUGUUGGUAAUGAUGACCUGACCUGAUCAAGUCCUGUUUAACCAGUUUCACCCGGACAAUUAUAAGAAAUCCCGCUAUGCCCUCUGACGAACUAUCAAACAGGCAAAGAGUCAAUACAGGACUAAUAUUGAAUCGUACUACACCAGCUCCGACGCUCGUCUGAUGUGGCAGGGCUUGAAAACUAUUACAGACUACAAAGGGAAGCACAGCCGUGAGCUGCCCAGUGACACAAGCCUACCAGACAAGAUAAAUCACUUCUAUGCUCGCUUCGAGGCAAGCAACACUGAAGCAUGCAUGAGAGCAUCAGCUGUUCCGGAUGACUAUGUGAUCACGCUCUCCGUAGCCGAUGUGAGUAAGACUUUUAAGCAGGUCAACAUUCACAAGGCCGCAGGGCCAGACGGAUUACCAGGACGUGUACUCAGAGAAUGCGCUGACCAACUGGCAAGUGUCUUCACUGACAUUUUCAUAAUCUCCCUGACUGAGUCUGUAAUACCAACAUGUUUCAAGCAGACCACCAUAGUCCCUGUGCCCAAGAACACUAAGAUAAAUGACUACCGACCCGUAGCACUCACGUCUGUAGCAAUGAAGUGCUUUGAAAGGCUGGUCAUGGCUCACAUCAACACCAUUAUCCCAGAAACCCUAGACCCACUCUAAUUUGCAUACCGGCAAAACAGAUCCACAGAUGAUGCAAUCUCUAUUGCACUCCACACUGCCCUUUCCCACCUGGACAAGAGGAACACCUACAGUUGAAGUCGGAAGUUUACAUACACCUUAGCCAAAUACAUUUAAACUCAGUUUUUCACAAUUCCUGACAUUUAAUCCUAGUAAAGAUUCCCUGUCUUAGGUCAGUUAGGAUCACCACUUUAUUUUAAGAAUGUGAAAUGUUCAUCACAUUCCCAGUGGGUCAGAAGUUUACAUACACUCAAUUAGUAUUUGGUAGCAUUGCCUUUAAAUUGUUUAACAUGGGUCAAACGCUUCGGGUGUCCUUCCACAAGCUUCCCACAAUAAGUUGGGUGAAUUUUUGCCCAUUCCUCCUGACAGAGCUGGUGUAACUGAGUCAGGUUUGUAGGCCUUCUUGCUCACACACGCUUUUUCAGUUCUGCCCACACAUUUUCUAUAGGAUUGAGGUCAGGGCUUUGUGAUGGCCACUCCAAUACCUUGACUUUGUUGUCCUUAAGCCAUUUUGCCACAACUUUGGAAGUAUGCUUGGGGUCAUUGUUCAUUUGGAAGACCCAUUUGCGACCAAGCUUUAACUUCCUGACUGAUGUCUUGAUGUUGCUUCAAUAUAUCCACAUUCUUUUCCUUCCUCAUGAUGCCAUCUAUUUUGUGAAGUGCACCAGUCCCUCCUGCAGCAAAGCACCCCCACAGCACGAUGCUGCCACCCCCGUGCUUCACAGUUGGGAUGGUGUUCUUCGGAUUACAAGCAUCUUCCUUUUUCCUCCAAACAGAACGAUGGUCAUUAUGGCCAAACAACACAGCACAUUACUGUAUAUGUGUUUAUGUCCACAUUUUACAGAAACACAAUAUUUUAAUUAUAUUUUAAUAAAGUCAUAUUUGAUCGUUGUUCAUUAGCAACAUGAUCCCUUUUCAUGGACACCAUUUUCAGCUUGUAGUACAUACUCUCACCACAAGGUGGCACUAGACACCAGUGAGAGAGUUCUCAGAACCAGUUUGGAGAUGUAGACAUAUUGGCGGAGAAAAGAGAGGCCCAAUCCCAAAUCAACCCCUAGAACUUAUUCAGAGAGGAUUUGAUUAGUAUAAGCAGUAUGGUGAAACUUUCACCUAGGUCAGGGGUAGGUAACCCUGUUCCUGGAGAGCCGCAGGGUAUGCAGGAUUUUGCUUUAACCAACCUGGAAGAACAGGUGUGUUGAAUUUAGUCAAUCACUGAACCAAUCAAUUAGCUCAGUUGGUCAGUUCAGUGAUUGACUAAAUUCAACACACCUGGUCUUCCAGGUCGGUUAAAGCAAAAUCCUGCGGCUCUCCAGGAACAGGGUUGCCUACCCCUGACCUAGCCUAUCAGAGGGAAAGUUGGAGCUAUUACCAUAUUGCUUCACUCUAGGGGUCUAUUUGGGAUUGGGCCUUGAUGUGUGGGAGACGUUUUAAACCCCAAAUUUAACCCUGAGAUGCAGAUGUUUGCCUUACAAAAAUAAAAAACCCUUUAUGAACAUCAUUUUUAAAAACACCAUCCCUUGGAAAAACCCCACAGCACGAAACUGCCACCCCGUUCUUCACGGUAUUAGGAAAAAAAAUCAAUCUGGACCCCGCAAUUCCCUUUUCAGGUUCAUUUGGCCCAACAGCAUUUUGCUGGGGCCAGGGGGCAUUUCUAAAAAAAAAGGACUUUGUAGUGCGUUGCAAAUGGUGCUUUUAAACCCCCCGGGGCUGGUUAAAAUCUGGGCGCCUUCAAGGUUAAUCCCUAAAUGGCUUUUUUUUGGAUAAGUUUUUACCUUUUUCCCCCAUUUAAAAAUCCUUUGUGUUGGGCUGGAAGAAGCUUUCACGGGAGAAAGGCUGAAAAGGUCCCCUGGGUUUAAAUAAAAUUUUUUUGUACCGAUCAGUGGUUCUUAAACUUUGGAAAUGCCCCCCGGUGAACCCAAUUUGUUUAACUGUUUUUUUGAGGUCUGGCCCGUUUAACUGUUUCCCUGAUUCAGAGCGCAGAGGAUUUUGAAGGGGGCCCCACGGCUUACCAAGGGAACAGCCUACAGAGCCAAGAAAUAAUUCUUUUUUUCUUUAAUAUUUAGUGUUUUUAAAGACGUCUACCAGUUAUAACUUUCUGAAUUGGAUUGUAUACCUUAAUAGACCUCUAAAAUUGGUUGGAAAAUUUCUUUCCUCACAAAAUUCCUAAGAUUAAAAAUAUGUUUUUUACAAAAUUGAGGGGGAAAAAGUUAAUACCAAUAAAUGUAGUAACUUCUACUCAACUGUAGUGAAAGUUUUCUUCUUACCCCAAACAAACAUAUGGUAAAGUAACAUACGUAAAACCCGUUAAAAACCUCCUUUGAAACGUCUCUUACCCUUUACACUCCCCCAAUUUAGGUAAGUAACAACCAUCUCCCGUGAUCCUCAACACGGGGGUCAGGGGGGUGUCAGUCUUCUGUCUCCUGUUACCACCACUUAUGGCCCGUAGUACCAUCAUUAGUGGCCCGAACCAGGGGUUGGCCUUAACAAUUAAAGGUAAUAGGAAGAGUGGACUGGCCUGUGGUCCAAAUACAAAACCCCUUUAACCGGUCAGACAAAAGGUUUUUUGGUCAGGAAAAAAAGAGAUAGGAGCCCAAAUGACGGGCGUAGGAAAAAGGUUAACAAAAAUCAAAAAAUCGGAACUAUCAGUCCAACACAACAAACCGUAAAAGGGGGGGACAAGCUAUUCAAAACGAAAAAUUUGGAUGGGUUCCAAUCUCAACAAUAAAAAACAACGGAGGACCUGCCCUGCUCACAAAACCGGUUGGAAUGGAGUGUCCAUUUCAUUUGUUCCCUCUAAUCAGGGACUGAAUUUAGACCUGGGAUACCAGGGGGCGGCAAUUUAAUUAUAUCAGGUGGAACAGGAUAGGUAGACUUCGUGGUUAAGAGCGUUGUGCCAGUAAACUGAAAGAUUGCUGGGUUCUACUUCCCCGAGCCGACUAGGUGAAAAUCUGUCUGUUGCCCUUGAGCAAGGCACUUAACCCUAAUUGCUCCUAAUUGCCCUAAUUAUUUGUUUUACUUAUCAAUUUUUUACUUAACACUUUUUAUUUUAUUAAAAACUGCAUUGUUGGUUAAGGGCUUGUAAGUAAGCAUUUCACAGUAAGGUCUACACCUGUUGUAUUCGGCGCAUGUGGCAAAUAAAAUUUGAUUUGAUGACCUGAUCAGGUUCUGUUUAACCUGUUGGUAAUGAUGACCUAAUGUGAUCAAGUCCUGUUUAACCUGUUGGUAAUUAAUGAUGACCUGAUCAAGUCCUGUUUAACCUGUGUAACCGUUGUCUCUACUGCUGCAGGGAGAAGAUGUAGAACUUCCAGAGGUCCCCACUGAGCUUCUACCAGAGGUCCCAGAACCAGCUGAGACAGAGCCAGGUAACAGUACUGUCUUUACCCUGUUACACUACCUCAAUCAUUAUGGUAGUAGUAACAGUACUGUCUUUACCAUGUUACACUACCUCAAUCAUUAUGGUAGUAGUAACAGUACUGUCUUUACUCUGUUACACUACCUCAAUCAUUAUGGUAGUAGUAACAGUACUGUCUUUACCCUGUUACACUACCUCAAUCAUUAUGGUAGUAGUAACAGUACUGUCUUUACCCUGUUACACUACCUCAAUCAUUAUCGUAGUAGUAACAGUACUGUCUUUACCCUGUUACACUACCUCAAUCAUUAUGGUAGUAGUAACAGUACUGUCUUUACCCUGUUACACUACCUCAAUCAUUAUGGUAGUAGUAACAGUACUGUCUUUACCCUGUUACACUACCUCAAUCAUUAUGGUAGUAGUAACAGUACUGUCUUUACCCUGUUACACUACCUCAAUCAUUAUGGUAGUAGUAACAGUACUGUCUUUACCCUGUUACACUACCUCAAUCAUUAUGGUAGUAGUAACAGUACUGUCUUUACUCUGUUACACUACCUCAAUCAUUAUGGCAGUAAGUAUUGACAGUCUCACAGUAGGCACUGACCUAGGAGCAGUUUGGCCUUUUAGAUCAUUUAUUAAUAGGAUUAUAUGGACAGAUGAGGGACUUGAUCCUAGAUCAACACUCUUACUCUGAGACGCUUUGUAGAGACAGUCACUGACAAUAGUUUCUUUGUUUUCCAGCGAGAAGACUAGCAAAGAAUAAGGAGAACAGAGAGAUGCUGGCAGCGUAGACAAGACUCAACAAGAACAAUAA